AUGGACUGCUCAGGGACUGUGAGCGUUGGAGGCUAUAGUGGUCCAGACUUGCGCUGCAGUUUCAGUGACUUAGAGGGCAGUGACAUUCUGGCCACCACUGCGGACCUUGUGAACUUGAACCUGGCGCCCUGUAAAAUGUCCGUGACCAAAACUCAGGUCGAAAGCGUGGCAAACAAGGGCCAAGAUUGGCCAACUUUGGCAGCGGCCAUUUCAAAGGUCACUAGUGCCAAGACCGGAGACAAGAUGAAGUUGCAGGCGGCCUGUUUAGAGGUCAGCAGCAUCCUGGGAGACUCCGCCGGCUCCGCGCUGAUUGAGCUGGAGGAGGAAGAGAUGACAGAGCUGGAGGAAGCGAACAACGUCACCAAGGGCAAUCCCACGAGGGGAUACACGCCGAUGCCUGACCCCGGAUGGUGUAAGGACGCGCACAAGAAGAUGUAUGUGAGCUUCAAAAAGUCGGUUCCUACCUUGGAAGAGUGUGUGGAGAUCUGUGACGGCCGCGACACCUGCAAGGGCUUUGCGCACCAACUGGGAGCUUGCCAUAUCUACACGGAUGCUGUGCCGCGUUCAUCGACGGGGUCGCCUAGACGUCUCCAGUGUUAUCAGAGGAACUCGGCCGCUUCAUCUGCGGGGGUUUCCAAGCCGGUGAAGGCUCCCAAGAAGGCCUCUGUGAGGCCGACUUACAGCACUGGGAGUCGAAAUACAGGUCCCAAACCCAUUGCGAAGCCCACAAAGCCCACGUCACAGAAGUUGAAGAAGAGAAAAACCUGGCAGGCUUCAAAACCAGGAUCAUACAACAGCAGGAAGAAAGCAGAGCAGGUCAUUGAGCAAAACGAGGUGCCAGGAGGCACCAAUGAGAAGGUAGACAAGCUGAUGAAUGACUUGAACAAACUCGUGGGCCUAACCAAGGUGAAGGCUGGCAUGUCCGAACUUCGAGCCAUGGUCGAGUUUGACCAAUGGCGCAAGAGGCUGUUGCCGGACGCCAAGACCUUGAUGGGUCAGUCUUUCCACAUGCAGUUCUUGGGCAACCCAGGCACUGGCAAGACGGUCGUGGCACGCAUGGUGGGACAGCUCUUGGUGGAAAUGGGCGUCAUCAAGAAGGUGGAGAGGAAAGAAGAGAAGGACAGCGACGUCUUCGUGGAGGUCUCCCGCGCCGACCUGGUGGCGGAGUACAAGGGCCAGACCGCCCCCAAGGUUUUGGGAGCAGUUGCAAAAGCCAUGGGUGGAGUCCUUUUUGUGGAUGAAGCCUAUUCUCUGAAGAAGGAGAGCAAGGAUUCCUUCGGACAAGAGGCCGUCGACACACUGAUCAAAGAGAUCGAGGAUAAGCGCGAUCAGGUCAUUGCCAUCUUUGCAGGUUACGAGAAGGAGAUGGAGACCUUUUUCGAAGCGAAUCCUGGAUUCAAGAGUCGUGUGCCCUUCAAGUUUUACUUCGAUGACUACACCUGCGAUGAACUGAACCACAUCGGUGGUAUCUUCAUGGGCGACAAGGGCUUCAGGACCUCCGAGGGCGCCACGAAAUGGUUGAACCGCACCAUCCGUUUCAGCACUGGCUGCUGCGAUGGCGAUCAAUCCGAGUGCGAAGCGUUACGCGACAGCGGCAACGGUCGCACUGUGCGCAACAUCUUGGAGGUGGCAUCUUUCCACGUGGCUGUCGGUGGUGAAUGUUCUGAAGUCAUCAUCUAUGUCGCCAUCAUUCUAUGA